ACUGCCUGUGCGAUGGUUUGGAUUACUGUGGUAUAACCGACCACGUAAGGAAACAUGUCUUCAGGAAAGCCUAUAUCCUUUACCAACAAAGCGUUCCAGAGAGGUAGUGAGGACAGUGAUGACGAUACACGCAGUUCCGGCGAUGAUGAUGAUUUGAAUUACAAUUAUAACAGCAAAAGCGAAGACGGAAGUGAUGAAUUUGAACGAUUUAAAUCUAGAAAUAGUGCAAACCCAAAACAUCAACGACAUCGGCGACGAGAGGCCCGCAGUAGGUCAGAGGGGGCCUUUACUGAGUCAAUUACAUCGUUGUCCGGGGAUCUGAGUUGUUAUAGUGAUGAAAUUGUAGCCAUAGGACGCGCAGACAACUAUAACAAUACUAGUUCUAUGUCGUCAGGGAGGCGAAGUGGGGAGAAACGAACGCCGGGCAAUGUCCAUGCACCGGAAACAGAAAGGAGAGAACGCAGCCACCACAGGUCCCAGGCCAAUACAGCCGAUAGACCACGGAAAAAAAGGUCAACCGGAGGCGGAGUCAAGUCAAACGAGGACAUCAGUACCGCGGUCAAAAAUACAGCUCCGGAGCAAAUAGAACGAAGGAAGGGGUCUGGCCAGACAGUCGGAGCAAACGUCGGUGGCUCAGAAGCUGGCGGCACACAGCUUUCCUCUCCACCACGGAGUACGCUCCGCAGCGCUGUUUACUAUCAAAAUCGAUUCAUUGUUCUGGAGACCCCAGAGUCGCAUGGAGGCAGUGACGGGUAUGCGGCCAAUCCCGCUCACAACAGUAAAAGAAGUGGGUCACGUGAUCAGGUUUCAAAUUCAUCUCACCGUGUGGACGGGGCUGAUUUAAAUAAAGAGACUUCUUUUAAUUCUAGUGCCGGGAAGCACGGCCGCAAAAUGUCGUCUGACAUUCAAAGGAAAAGCGGCAACAGGAGAAACAUGGAGAUGGAUGCUUCGUCCGUCACCAUGGAUGCUCGUGGGAUAGAAAUCAUUUUAACGGACCCGGAGAAUAGUUCUAGACCUAUUGCGUCGGAAUCUAAAAAUAAAAAUACUAUAUGGAAAAAGAUUAAUAGAUUUUUACAGGAUAACCGGAUGAAAGGGAAUCCGGAUAGUGACCGGAUUCUAAAUGCGGAUCACCCAGAGGAUUACCGGAUACUAAAAAAAGUGUUGAACAUUCUAUUUCUAACAAUCGGAGUAGUGUUAUUCUUAGCAGUGAUAGUGGUGGUCAUAUAUGCGUUUGCAGUGGGAGACCCGCCCAUAAUUGACGACUUUAGUACAACGACAGAGUUGACGCCUAGCAUGUCUAGCGUGGGUACCUAGCAAAAGUUCAUUUUCACGCAACAACGCCAAGUGUAGACCUGUGCUAUCAUACACGCUACCGCAGGAGACACGCCCCGGCCGUCACGUGACUAUAAAGGAUGGAUUCGUCUCUAUGUAUGCAUGCCUUGCCGUAGAAACGGAGAGCAACACUUGUAAUGUUAAGUGUGUGUUAUGAAUUGUUAAUAACUAAUCCUCUGGAUAAACCUGAUGCAGCCUAAUUGCAAAUACUUCCAUAAUUGACCGUGAAAAUCAAGUGUUAAGACAUGCGGUGUACAGUUACUACCGUUUGAGAAUUUUCCCCAUUUCUUUAACCUUUUUAUAUGUUACUAUUUUUGUUUAUUUUAUUGUUUAUCAAUUUGUUAUCUUGCGAGAAACGUAAUCUCGUGAGAAAAAAAUGUAGACAGAAAUUUUGGAAGUGAAUCUAGUAAAGCAUCAUUUUGCUUAAUAUAGAUCAGCAGUCUGUCAUAUAGACAACGCGUAAUAAUAUUGCUUAUAGUUCAGACGAUAACAAAUCAAUGGAAAACAGACAACCCCGAAUAUUGCAUGAUUAAUUCAGCAUAUAAUUUUAUUAUGUAGACAGUCCCCAUCAACAUCACUUGGUUAACAUCGCGUACCCAUCGGAUCAAUUCGCCCUUUUCCGUCGCAUGCCUAGGCCUGAUUUCACGGAAAUGCCCGAGCUUGGUCCAAGUCAUUGAAAAAGAGAAUUCUCAUUCACCGCAUGAAUAGGUCGGCGUAUUAAGUUCGUGAAAUAAACAUCUCACAUUGAUAUUACAUUAUUAACAACCGUACAGAUCCGUGAAAUAAAUAGUUCACAGUUGGCGUAUGAUUAUUUCCUAUUAUUAUCACUUCCUUCACAAUUUGCCCUUUUCCGUCGCAUGAUGGAUUUCACGGAAAUGGCCGGGUGCGGUCCGUGAAAUACCUGUUGACGAUUCACAUUUACUGCAUGAAUAGGCGUGUCCCAUUAAUUUCACAUCCGUAACGACGGUACAGACUAAACCUAUUAACUACAUCAUUAGUUCGGCGUUGGAGUACGUUAAUAGACAUCUCCCAUCACCAGAGUAACAAUUGUACAAGUCUGUGAAGUAGACAUUGGAUUUUCGUUCAAUGCAUGAUAAAUAUGGCGUACAAGUCCGUGAAAUUUACAUAUCCAACUCUUAAUACUUCCUUCACAACUGUACAAGUCCUUGGUAUAGACAAAAUCCCAUUGCUGUAUGACAAAUUCGACUAACAAGUUUGUGAAAUAGAUGCAUUGUGUCUUCCGUAAAAUAUCGCUUGAUUAACAAAUGUUCAUAUUCUUAAGAUGGACAUUUCAAUGUAUCGCACGAUAAACUCGACGUGCAUGCAAGACCGUGUAACAAACAUUUAUCACUGUCUGAUAUCACUUGGUAAACACGCGUACAACUCCAUGAUAUAGACAUUUCCCAUGAAUAUCACUUAGUUAUCACAACUAAUAUUAACUGCAAUCUAAUACCUUAUGCUAGUAAAGGGAACACUUACACGCGGGAGCGUAUCUCAUUCCAUGCAAGUGCCUACGGAAGUAUUCGGUGAUACCUCGCUAGUCCGGACACCUUGAUUUGUGUAAACAGUGGAACCUCACUAGUCAGGACAUCUUGGUUUGUGUAUACAGUGACACUUUUCUAGUUCGGACACCUUGAUUUGUGUAAACAGUGGAACCUCACUAGUCAGGACACCUUGGUUUGUGUAUACAGUGGAACCUGUCUAGUCCGGACACCUUGGUUUGUGUAUACAGUGGAACGUCGCUAGUUCAGUUUCUUGAGUUUCCGACAAAAGAAUAUAUUGAAUCGUUUGUCUCAGUAGAAGAAUGCGCCUUAUAGUUAGAUACGGACAACAUACACUCUAUACGAGAGCAACUGAUUACCGAAUGAGAUUAAGUUAAGUUCAGAUGGUUAUAUAUCACCGCUGAAACCGACUGAGCUACCUGGACAACGGAAGUGUAUGAGCCCAUAUGUGCUACAGUAAUAUCCAAACGGAAGUUAAUAGGAGAGGAUACUGCAUUUAGGAAAAACGGCAGUUCAACGGGACAGUGAUCCUUAAAGCUUACUAGUCACUUGCUUUGUAAUCCACAAUACACGCCUUUAUAAUGCUGAGGCCAUUCUGAAAUACUUAAAAAGUUAAUCGAAAUGAUUAGAUAAUAUUAAAAAAACAGAUUACCUGAAACACAAUCACAUUCAAUAUUUAUUGAAUAAAUAUCUUUUAAUAUAAGGGUUAUAACUCUAACACAAAGUAAACGUAUAAUGUGUUAGACGGCAUGUAUCCUAGAAAGUACAGUAAUUCUAACACAAAUUACACAUGUAAUUACCAGGUACAAUUUCCUAAAGGACAAGGAUUCUAAACCAAAUCAUAGCCUAAGUGUGUAAGGUCGCCUAUAACCUGAAGAGAAAUAACUCUUACUUAGCAUCACAGGAAUGUGAUACAUUUGCCCUUACUGUGCUUCUCCGAUGUUAAUCUCGUUCCACGAAGGCGAAGCGAGAAAAAAAAAGGAUCGUGAUUCUCUACUGCCAGGACAGGAAAUAUUUUAUUAUGCCGAAUAAAUAAAUGAAUAAAUCGAAAAUAAUAACAUAUUGGUAGAAAUGACCAGGUUUCACGCGCAGUCGUAAAGUCGUCUGCUUCCGUCAUUCACAACUGAGUUGCAGAUUUUUCUAGACAGGUUCCAAAUAAGGAAAUUAUGAUCGGGGGAAAACUUGAUAGUGUGAGAGCUGAGGUAUAUUAAUGCCUUAGGUGUAAUACAUACCGUAUGGAGAAUAUCAAACUGUACAUUGUACCAUGCAUUUACAGAUUUGUGAUGGGUUUUUUUAUCAUGUUUUACUGAAAUAACACUUUUGCAUGGUGUUUUUGUAAAAUUAAGAUUGUUUUCAUAAUUGUUACAUCCCCUACCCUCAUUGAAUAUAAACCAUGUAGAUCUAACAUUGUGUCGUGUAAUGUGGGUAUAUCCAUAGGAUUAAAAUAUAUAAAAAUCAGGAUCCGAAUUUCUCGUGCUCAAGCAUGGAUUCUGUGCUUAAGGCAAAUUUCUUUUAACGCACUCAGAUCAUGAUACAGUCCAGAAGUCCUGUGUAGCCAUUACAAUCAUGAUACAGUCAAGAAGUCCUGUGUAGCCAUUACAAUCAUGAUACAGUCAAAACGUCCUGUGUAGCCAUUUAAAGCGACAUUCGGUUUAAUUCAAAUUCUUAACAAAUUGUGUUUUGUUCUUAAGUUAUCACCGGAACAAGAUAUUGGGCUUUAGCACAGAAUCCGAGUUUGAGCAGGAGAGCGGUUUCAUGAAUACUGUUCGAGCUCUCCUUGCGUCUUAUUAAUAUUUCAAAGGCUGGCUUCACAAUAGUGAUAUAAGUAGAUGUGCAUUAUUUAAGUCAUGAUAUUGACUUCAUCAGAAACGUGUGUCCUAACAUAAUUAUGUUGAACAGGAAACUGUUUAUAUGUAUUGAAUUAAAAUCGAUCAAGGUAUAUAUACUAAGUUAUUUAUAAUCGAUUUCUUAAGCAAUUUAUUCCAAUGUACAUACGAGUAUACAUUACGCGGUUUAUUAUCAGCAUAUAGUUCAUAAAAAAUAUUCUGUAAAGGGGCCUAGCGCUAAUGUUUCUCGGGGGUUUAUUUUCACUAGAGCUGUGUUUUGAAAAAAAAAACAACCUAAAUAUUAAACCUGUACAUACAUUAACAUUCUAGUGGUCAAUCUGAAUUAAGUUAGGAUUAUUUGACCAUUAGCAGAACUAAAUCCCGUGAGUUGUUUUUAGGAAAACAAUUAUUGGAGGGUUUGGCCCCGCGAAAUGUAAGCGCUAUUCGGCUGUAAACAGAAUGUAGGAAAGAAUUGAUUACAGAUACAUGGAGUGUGAUGAUAAUUGUCUACACUCGACCAUUUUAAUGUUGGUUUGUUAUAACAUUUUAUCACGUAUAUAGUUAUGUUUU